ACUGCCACUGUGCCACUUCACCCCAGCCUGACUGAAAUUGCUGACACCGCUGGGUGAGAGGAGUAUCUGCUUAUGACAUGAUUUACAUCAUUCUCAUGGCUUGUGUUGAUUACAUGUACGAUUAGAUGGGCAGCAUUUGCAGAAAAGUAGCCUUGGAUUAUGCUAUACAGGAUUACUUAAUCCGUGACGCAGCAGAAUAACAAGACAGUGAGUGCGCAAUCUGCGUCGCAUGCAGUCUCAUGAGGACAAACACUGGCAAGCAUGUUGCGUGUACCUGUGAGCCGGAGUCUCUUUCCAGCAGCAAUUAUCAGAGGAGGUGUUGCUGCAACCAAAAAUGCUCGCACUGCAGCUACAGCAGCAGCACCUGCCAGUAACCUGGUGGAGGUGUUUGUGGACGGGAACCCUGUCAUGGUGGAGCCAGGAACCACUGUGUUGCAGGCAUGUGAGAAGGUAGGAAUGCAGAUUCCUCGCUUCUGCUACCAUGAGCGGCUGUCAGUUGCUGGAAACUGUCGCAUGUGUCUUGUGGAGAUAGAGAAAGUUCCUAAGCCAGUGGCAGCCUGUGCUAUGCCAGUCAUGAAGGGCUGGAACAUUUUAACAAACUCUGACAAAACAAGAAAGGCCAGAGAGGGUGUGAUGGAGUUCCUCCUGGCGAACCACCCAUUAGAUUGUCCAAUUUGUGAUCAGGGGGGAGAAUGUGAUCUACAGGAUCAGUCCAUGCAGUUUGGCAGUGACAGGAGCCGCUUCACUGAAAGCAAAAGAGCUGUGGAAGACAAGAACAUUGGGCCUCUCAUCAAAACCAUUAUGACUCGCUGCAUCCAGUGCACUCGCUGUGUGCGCUUUGCUAGUGAGAUUGCAGGAGUGGAGGACCUGGGUACCACUGGCAGAGGCAAUGACCUGCAGAUUGGGACCUAUGUGGAGAAGAUGUUUAUGUCGGAGUUAUCUGGGAAUGUUAUUGAUAUAUGCCCAGUGGGGGCCCUGACCUCUAAACCAUAUGCAUUCACUGCACGCCCUUGGGAGACAAGGAAGACAGAAUCCAUUGACAUUCUGGAUGCUGUGGGCAGUAACAUUGUGGUGAGCACUCGUGGGGGUGAGGUGAUGAGAAUCCUGCCUCGUAUUAAUGAGGAUAUUAAUGAGGAGUGGAUCUCUGACAAAACCAGGUUUGCAUAUGAUGGACUCAAGAGGCAGAGGUUAACUCAGCCACUGGUGAAAAAUGAGUCUGGGCAGUUGGUUCCCACAACCUGGGAAGAUGCACUGACUCGAGUUGCUGGAGCUUUGCAAGGAGUUGAAGGAAAUGAUGUUGCUGCUGUUGUCGGUGGCUUGGUGGAUGCAGAGGCUCUUAUUUCCCUGAAAGAUUUGCUGAACCGUUUGAAUAGUGAAAACCUUUGCACUGAGGAGGUGUUCCCAAUGGCUGGAGCUGGAUCUGACCUGCGUUCAAACUAUCUUUUAAACACUGGGAUUGCUGGCAUUGAAGAAGCUGACCUGCUGCUUCUGGUUGGCACAAACCCACGCUACGAGGCUCCUCUGUUCAAUGCACGAAUCAGAAAAGGCUGGCUUCACAAUGAGUUGCAAGUGGCUCUUUUGGGAAAGGCGGUGGACCUAAGUUACACAUAUGACCAUCUUGGGGAGUCUGCCAAGGUUCUUCAAGAAAUUGCGUCAGGCGCUCACCCAUUUUCUAAGGUAUUGGCUGAAGCGAAGCAUCCUGUUGUUGUAGUUGGAAGCAGCUGCCUUCAGAGAGAGGAUGGGGCUGCUAUAAUGGCCGCUGUGUCAACCAUCGCUCAGAACGCUCGCAUCAGCAGUGGCGCAGAGGAAAGCUGGAAGGUUCUCAAUGUGCUUCACAGGGUUGCCAGUCAAGUGGCUGCACUUGAUCUUGGAUACAAGCCGGGAGUGGAGGCCAUCAGGAAGAAUCCACCCAAAGUUGUCUUCCUACUAGGAGCUGAUGCUGGCUGCGUUACUCGCCAAGAUCUCCCGAAGGAUAGCUUCAUAAUUUAUCAAGGUCACCAUGGCGAUGUGGGUGCACCAAUGGCUGAUAUCAUACUUCCCGGAGCGGCAUAUACUGAGAAAUGUAGCACCUAUGUGAACACUGAGGGCCGUGCCCAGCAGACCAAAGUAGCCGUGACUGCCCCAGGCAUGGCGAGGGAGGACUGGAGGAUUAUCAGAGCCAUAUCUGAGCUUGCUGGAGUGACUCUGCCGUAUGACACCCUUGAUGAAGUGCGUGGCAGGCUGGCAGAGGUUUCCCCGAAUCUGGUGCGAUAUGAUGAAGUUGAGGAGGCCAACUUCUUUAAGCAGGCUAAUGAACUGUCUAAGGCAGUGAACCAGGCUGUCCUUACUGAACCUUUAGCCCCUCCACAGCUUACUGUGAAGGAUUUCUAUAUGACAGAUCCGAUAAGCAGAGCCUCUCAGACGAUGGCCAAGUGUGUGAAAGCUGUCACAGAGGGAGCACAAGCUGUGGACGAGCCGGCCAUAUGCUAAAAAGCGCACUGGAUAGCCAUCCCAUCCUUGGGAGGAGAAAAAUUAUACGCACAACUCGACUAUUUGCACAUUCCUAGAAAUGUAUUUAUUUGCACUGUUUUAUUAUAGUAGAUGCCUCGUGAUCUUUGCACAUUAUGGAACUAACAUACUUUACUAACCUGCAGAGAAAUCUGUAUGUUACUGUCAGAGUGAAUAUGUAAUCUUAGCAUUUACCAAAUUUCCAAAGAUGCAACCCUGACUUAUAUUAUAUUUUCACCUGUUAGGUCAUUAACAUUUUAAUAGAUGAGACCAAAGGUUUGCACUUAAAGGUAAAUAUAGUAUUCUGUCUUUCCGUAAAAUGACCUACAUCAAAAGUAUUUACAAUAUCGUCACACUGUUAAAAUAAUCGCCUAAGUCAUUUUUUGUCAAAAUUGUUUUUUUUUUUCCCUAAAUCAUCUCCUCAUGACGCCGGCCACCUAUGGUAAAAUCACCUACAUCCUCAGUAGGCGAUUUUACCAUAUCACUUCUUUGACAAUUUGCCACAUUCAUAGGCAUCAGAUAAGAACCCAGCUAAGAAGAGCUAGAGGGAGAUUGUUCAGUUAUCAGUUUAGUGUAUCAGUGUUUUAUUGUUGACACUAAUAUUGGUAACACUUUACUCUAAGGUGUCUACAUAAGACAUGAGAUGUGUCAUGAACAUUAAUGACACUUUGAAGUAACAUCAAUGCUCAUGAUACUUGUCAUGUCAUGUUUCUGACAGGCUUGUGUGACUCUUAUGUAGACACCUUCAAAAUAAAGUGUUACCAUAUCUUGCUUAAGUCACAAAGGCAUGUUCAAAAAAUUGCCUAAGUCAUUUAUUUCUCUUAAGUUACAUAAUUUACACACAGUGUUAUUGCUAUGCCAAUAGCCAUCCUUUGUUACAUGCUUUUUGAGUGAAAUGAUGAAUAAAUGUCAUAUGUUACACUUUUGGUGAAGUUUUUUGUUAUUCAUGCAAAAUUUGAAAAAAUGACUUAGGCGAUUAUUUUAACACGGUGACGAUAUGUAAGCUUAGCAUUUACCAAAUUUCCAAAGAUGCAACCCUGAGUUAUAUUAUAUUUUCACCUGUUAGGUCAUUAACAUUUUAAUAGAUGAGACCAAAGGUUUGCACUUAAAGGUAAAUAUAGUAUUUUGUCUUCCCGUAAAAUUACCUACAUCAAAAGUAUUAAUAUUAUAUUUUCCUAUUAGUAUAUUUGCAAUAUAGUAUUACAAGUGUAUUUGUGUGAUAUAUUAUGGACCAGAUUUUUUUGUAGCAAGCUUAAUGAAUCUUUGCAAACGCCCUAUUUAAGUCUGUGCUCUAAUUAAAAAAAUGUUAAAUGUC